AGUGGAUAGAGCCUUUCUUUUAAAUCCCAGGGCAGCAGGUCCUUCAAGGUUAGCAUUGCAAUUUCAAUUAGCCGCUGAGUGAAAGCUUGGCAUGUGUAUUAGUGAGCAGGGACACAAUUAGCUUAUUCUUCCAUUCCCAAUUGUGUUGAGAGGAUCCAAAGGAUUGGUGGGGGAUCCGGCAAGCCAGGCAUCACUGGAUAGUGCAGAAGGGAGUUCCUCAAACCUCGAUAUCUUCACUUGUUCAGGCCGGAGUUACAGAGAUUUAUUACAAAACACUGUGUGUGGCUUGGUGAAGGGUGCCUCAGGAGCACUCCGGAUACCACUUGGGGUUUGCCUUUUUGAGUGCUCCACCGCUCUGUCUUAUUCUCGUCAUCACCAUGGAGCCCAACAGCCCCAAAAAGAUACAAUUUGCUGUGCCUUUAUUCCAGAGUCAGAUUGCUCCAGAGGCAGCAGAGCAGAUCAGGAAAAGAAGACCCACGCCAGCAUCCCUUGUGAUUCUCAAUGAGCAUAACCCCCCAGAAAUUGAUGAGAAGAGGGUGAACAACACUCAAGAAGAUUCGCAGAAUGCAUCCCCUAAGCAAAGGAAGCAGAGUGUGUACACACCGCCUGCCAUGAAAGGAACAAGCAACCAAGGAGAAAAGAAGAGAUGGGAAUAGCUAAGAGGCGACUGCAUUAGGAGAAGACGGAAUCAGAAAAGGGAUGUCCGCCUGUGACUACAUGACAGUCAACAGACUAAAACUGUGUUCUGAUUCGGUGAUGUAUGAACGCAUAUAGCAUGUAACGACAAGCACUGUAACUGAGUAUUUUGCUUUUAAAAACUUGUCUUUAGAAAAUGACCUUUAAAAUCUGUUUUUUGUUUGUUUUUGCUCUUUAAUUUGGAACUUUCUCCAGGAAAACUAUUCAGCCACAAAUCACUACCUGGAUAAUUCACUCUGCCUAGUGCGUGAAUUGUUAUAUAAAGUGUCACAUACCAGGUUUUUUCUUUUACAGAGAUUUAUGGGAUGUGGUACUACAUUUUCUGGAAUGCUUCCACUGUGUUCUGGGGUAUUUUCUUUUGCUCCUCCAGGUGCAAAAUCAAGUUGAUAACAACGGGAAGCGGGCUUGUCAGUGCUCUGCUCCUGCCUGAGCUUGGAAAAGUACAACACAAACCCACACUCCCCGGCACCCCCACCGGCCCCCCAGCUGCUGUCGACAGCAAGCUGGACUGCCUCCGGAAGGGCUUUUGAGAUUUUAUGCAUAAUGUGGACAUGCUUUUCAGACAUAGUUUGGUUUUUUGUGUGUGAUAUUUUUCAAGCUCUUUUCCUCAAUUUCAUUUCCCUCUAAAACUAGAAGGGAGAACUUGAAUUUGGGUAAAUUUUAACUGAAUUGUUAUAAUUCUUCUACUUGUGAAAUCUGAGACUUCUCUUAUAAUGGGGAGGCUUUCAAACACAUUCCCUUUGUUUCUGUUUCCAAUUCCACCGUGUUUAUUUAUCCCCUUGUUGCUUUUUCAAAUUCCGCUGGUCUUGAUUCGGUUUAGUUCCGUGGAUCUUUUGGAAGUUUACAUGACUAAGCCCUUGGGAACAGUGAAAGGGAUAAUAUUGUCCUUACUGUAAAUAUAGCUUGUAAACUAUGCUAGUUAAUAUUGGUUCAGUUCUUUACAGUUCAUGAGGUGGCUUCACUUAGGUUUCUCAGUUAGUAAGCUCAUUAAAUGGGUCUAGUAGGUAAGGUUCACUUUAUAGAUACAGACUUACUUCACUUAGGUUUCUCAGUUAGUAAGCUCAUUAAAUGGGUCUAGUAGGUAAGGUUCACUUUAUAGAUACAGACUUAACUUCACAGAUAAGAAGUGAACUCAUAACUCAACAAGCCUUUCCAUUAGUUUAUGUCCAUGUAUGAAACUGUCAGAGCUGUGAGGACAGGACCCAUAGGCUCUCAUGUUUCCUGCAAUGGCCUAUAGAGUGAUUCAUAACUAAAUCUCUGGAGUUGCAAGAAUAAAACACAAGAUAAUUUUCCUCACGUGGUAAGGGUGGGGAAAAGAUUCCUAGUUCUUGAAUUCUUCAGCGCUGACUUAAACUAAGGUGAUUCGUGCAAAACCAAACAAGUGAAGCAACCCUCCAAGAAGCUGGGCAGUUCGUUUUUCUGUUUCUCCUCCUUCUUGUCCUCCUCCGUCUCCCUCUUGACUCCCUCCUUCUCUUCCUCCUCCUGCUCUUCCUCCUCCUGCUCUUCUUCCUCUUCUUCUUCUUUUGGCUUUUGACACAGGGUCUCACUAUGUAGCCUUAGCUGGCCUGGAACUCAUUACAUAGACCAGGCUGGCUUCAAAGUCAUUGAGAUCCACCUGCCUCUCCAGUGGAGUACUGAAAUUAAAGGUAUGCACCACAUGCCUUGCUUAAUGUUUCAUUUUAAAAAUAUUGUCUAGUUUCAGAAGGCUGGAGAGAUGGGUCAGUGGGUAAUAGUACUUGCUCUGCAAGCAUGAAGACCUGAGUUCAAAUCCCAGCAUGCAAGUAAAAAGUCAAGCAUGGCUGUAUAUAUCUGCAACUCCAGCGUUUAGGGGAACAGAGACAAGUGGAUCCUCAAAACUGGCUGGCCAGCUAACCUAGAGUAAAUGGUGAGCUUCUAGUUCAGUGAAAGACCCAGUCUCAAGGCAGGAAGGCUGAAACAACAGAGGAAAACACCUGAGGUCUUGUUCUGGCCUCUUGCACAUGUGUCCAAGGGCACCUCCCCCCCCCCCCCCCCGCCCCCGUCACUCACAUACACAUAGCCAUACACUAACACCAACACAUGCCCACAAACAUUUCAAAAUUUGUUCUUAAAAAUAAACGGCUAUCUCUGGGAGUGGAGAGAUGGCUUAUUGGUUAAGAGCACUGGCUGCUCUUCCAGAGGACCCAGGUUCAAUUCUUAGCACCCACAUGGCAACUCACACCUGUCUGUAACUCCAGUUGCAGGGGAUCUGACAUUCGCACACCAAUGCACAUAAAAUAAAAUUUAACUACUAUCUCAAAAUGAGAGUAUUGCCAAGUUUGUGCCAAUAUGCGAUAAAGAUAUCAUAUUAUAAAUUACAAAAUAAACAUGAAGGUUGUUUUCUUUCAUUUCUUUCACCUACUCUGCCCAGGACUUGAGACAUGAUAAUUUUCAUUUACUUCUCUUAGAAUUUGGACUUCAAAAUACCAUAUUUCUCAAAAGUACCAAAGGUAUGGCUUUCUUUACAUGAACCACAGCAACAAGACAAUGAGAACUUUAAAUGCAAAUAGCUGGCAGAUAGCUGAAGAGUUCUUCAAUUGUUUUAGGUGGUUAUUUUUUCUUUCUUUCUUCAUUGUUUCAAGAAACAUGUUCUAAGACAUGACACAGACAGGCAGGCUUCUCACUUCAGUGGACCUGCAAUGCAGUCUCUGUGGCUGAGAUUCCCUCGUCACAUUAAUUACAUUACCAUAUGCUGCUGUCUGUUUUCUUCUUUUGCCCUAAUGGGACAUAGAUUUCUUGGUUUGAAUUUGUUACUUGGUUAUUACAUUUGCCAAGUUGUUUGAAACACUUAGGAGCCUCUUUAUUUGAUUUUGAGAAUAUAUGGUCUAAAACCUGAGCCUUGGCAUGAAGGUCAAUGAGAUCAAAAUAGGAAUUGUCCCACUAAAUAUUGCUUUUGUAUGUCAGCUUAAGCUUGGUUGUUAAAAAUUAGAGUUCACAUUGAAAAUAGAUGAUAAAAAUAUUUUUGUUGAAAUCACAGGAAAAUAUUAAAAAUUAGGCAUUGCCAUUAAAUAACCCCAAGCUAUAUCUGUUUAAAUAAUUUAUCACAACAUUCAAGAGAAGACACAGUCACCAAAGUCAAUUUCUUUGUUUAUAGAAUGUGAAAUUUAGAUGUGUGUCUAUUGAGAAAUAGGAGUUGUCCAUGUAUUGUAUUUAUGUAUGCAAAUAUACAUAUAAGUACAAUGAAUAAGUGAAAUGGUUUGCAACAGUGAAAUAAAAAUAAAACCUUUUAAAAGAAAAGAAAUAGCCUUCUCUAUUAAGUAAAAAACAGAGGUGAUUAUUUGUUAAUAAAUACUUCUCAAUUAUUUCCAAUCUUCUGUGUUGAAGUAGUCCAGAAAAGAAUGGCAUAAGAAAGCUGAGAGGAGGCAAGGUUAAUCUUUUCUCUCUGCCGGUCCCUUGACACAUGCUGCCUCUUGGUAGAUUUCUGCCCCCAGGUUAUCCCCACAUGAGGGUGCCUGCUGCUCUGAGGCUGCUUAUAAUAGCAUGUACUCUCUGGUGAGUUUGAAGAUUAUGAUUACAUUGACUCAUUUGGCUUCUAGACUGUGUCUAAUUCAUGAGUCACAACAUGUUUGUUACUCUUAGAUGGUGCCUUCUAUAUCAUGAAUUACCUUCUGCUUUCUUGUUUGGGUAAUGGGAAAUCUGGCAGAUGGGAUUCAACUGGAGUGUGUGUGUGUGUGUGUGUGUGUGUGUGUGUGUGUGUGUGUGUGUAUAUGUGUUAUACUUGUAGUUCAGCAGUUCUUAUAUUUUUGGUUGUGAGCCUAGCCUUUAACGGCUGAGCUAUCUCUCCAGCCCAGUUCAGCAGUUCUUAACCUGUGGGUCAUGACCCCAUUGUGGACUGCAUAUCAGAUAUCCUGUAUAUCAGAUAUUUAUAUUACAAUUCAUAAUAGCACCAGAAUUACAGUUAUGAGGUAGCAAUGAAAUACUUAUAGGGUUGGGGGUCACCACCACAUGAGGAACUGUAUGAAAGGGUCGCAACAUUAGGAAAGUUGAAAUCCACUGUUGUAGUUGUGUGUUUGCUUGUUUUCUGGGGUAGGGUGUGGCCUGGUAACAGCUAUGUAGAUCGGGCUAAGCUUUAAUUUGUGGUGUUCCUCUGUGUCUGCAUGCCAACUUCUGGGAUUAUAGGCAGGUACCACUGUACCCACCAGGUCAGCAGCCUUGCUUUUGUUGUUAUAGUUUGGGAAAUUGCAAUUUUUGUUGCUUCUUGGGCACUUGAAUCACCAAUAAUGUGUUUUAUUUAACAAGCUAUUAAGGAACUAUAAAGGCCUUUGCUAUUUUAGCUUUAUGUUAAUAUCUAUCUCUUCAAUGGUUGCAUUAAAUUUUUUAAUUCUAAAAUUAGAUUGUCUGCAUAAUAUAUCAGCUGGUAAUCAAUCAACAUUUUCAUCUCUACUUAUUUAUUUGUACAUGUACAUCAACCUGUAUCUUACUCCCAACAUAUCCAUAUCAUUUUCACCUAUAUCACAUAUGCCUUUGUUAUGCUUUGAGUUAUUGAUAAUUUGAUCUUGAUUGCAGAAUGGCUGGCUUAUACUUUUUAUGGAACAACUCUCCCCCAUUGUGUGAGCCUUUAGAAUAUUGCUACUAAGUUAAAUCUAGGCUAUAUUAUUGAAAUUAUAAACAUCAAGAGACUUUAUGGGAAGUGGGUACAGACUCUGGAAUGGUAUUUCUUUUAUGAAUCCUAUCAUUUCAGUGUUUUCCUACAUGCCACAUAAUGUUUUCAGCAUCUUACAUUUAAUCAUUUCAAUAACCCUAAAAGAGAAAUAUUCUUACUAUCUCCAUUUUAAAAAUGAGAAGAAAAAGCUUGUACAAAACCACAAAGUCAGUAAAUGACAAGCCCAAAAUUGAGCCUGGGGCCACAUUUCAGCAGUAGGUAAAGAAUUUCUUGCCUUGGGUCUUCCAUACAAAACUCAACAACAGCAGUUAAAAAAAGUAAGUGUCUGGAAAAAUACCAACUAAUAUUCAUUUCUGUUCACUGUGGAUCAGCAGUGUUUCAAGCACUCUUUUGACCCUUAAAAUAUUCUUCAUUAUUAUUUUACCAUUUCAUCAAUAUCUUUAUGACUAAAGGUUAGGAAAUGUCAGUGUUAAUUGCUAGCAGCCACCAGUGAUUGAGAAUUAAAGUCAUUCUGCUUGAAAAUCCAAUGGGGUUCCCAUACUUAAUCACUAAGUUUACAAGACAUCACUAGGAAAUGUGAGCUUGGCUCCUGAACAGUGUUAUAGGAUCCGUUGUUAUUGCUAAGCAUGUGCAGCAGCAGAUGUGUUUCCCCAGGGUAGACAGGGCCAUGGAGAAGCCAUAAUGCUUCUCCUGUAUAAUUCAUGUUCGCUUUUAGUAAGCUAUUAAGAAUUAAGAAUUAAUGCACUCUCCAUUUGUCUGCUCUGAGAAAAACAAGAAUGUUUAGGGAUUCUGUAGAUCUGUAGGACUUCUGAAACAGGCAUCGUUUUGACUGAAUCAGCUAGUAAGGUAAUUCGGAAAUUAACUCAAUCUGAUAUCAAUCAGGAAAAAUAAAAAUAAAUCCCUUCAAACAUGUUUACACAUGUAUCUAUUCAAUAAUAUGCACCAAGUACCAACAGUGUUCAGCACUUUCUAACCAUCAAAUCCAGCAAUGAGAAUAGCUUUGUGGGAGAACUGCAUCUGUGUAGAUCUUUGGAGAAAGAGCAGGGGAGGGGCAGGAUAAGAUAGCCCAGAGAACAGCAAGACCAGGCAAGGGAGACAUUGCCUAUAAAGGCCUGGCAGAGACCCACAGCAGCAUACCCUGUGAAGAAGGCCAUCAGUAUGAAGACAGGUUGUUCUGAGACAGUGAGGGUGUUACAUGUAAUGCAGACAGGUCAGGGGUGCUCAAUGUGAGGUCUGUAGCACAGGUUAUCUCCAUCUGAGAUGGAAGACUUUGGAGAAGGAUGUGCAUGUUGCUUGAUAAAGGUUGGGGUCCAAAUUGCUAAGUGCUUUGUUAGGAAAUAGGUCCAUGUGUAACUCAAGCCAAGUAGAGUCCUGAUAGCUAAGCAAGUCCUCUACUUGCCUCUCUCAAAGGGCACAGAGUCUUUGUCUUGAAACAGUCCCAUGUGUUCCCUGGGCUCAAUAUGUCAUAUGGCCAGACUUUCUAGACACUGACUUAACCAAGAUGAGAACAGACUGAACUUUGUAAUUGAUUUAAAGAGAGAGAGAGAGAGAGAGAGAGAGAGAGAGAGAGAGAGAGAGAGAAUAUAUUGAGUGACGAAAAAGAUGGGGAAGUUGCAAGAGGAAAAGAGGGAAAGGGAAGAGAAACAAGAUGAGGUAGUGUGAUGAAAUUAGGGCUACAAAGCCUAAAAUCUUUACUUUACUUAUGGAAAAAAUUGCUGACAUCUGAUGUAGAAGGGAAAUUUUUUAUGAAGAGGAAUGAGGGGUUCAGUGAACAAGGGUUCCGAUCUCAGCAUUCACCUAAUAAUUCUACCCCAAAAGUGCCUGUAACUCUAAGACUGGCAGAUCCAAUGCUACUUUCUGGCCUCCAUGAACAAAAGCUUGUGUGCACGUGUGUGCGCGUGCGCACGCACACACACACACACACACACACACACACACACACACACACACACACACACAAAGAGAGGGGGGUAUAAAUACCUUAAAAAGAGGAAGAGGAACAGUAGGGAGAUUUAAUUAACAGAAAAGAAUGGGGGGAUCUGAAACUGGGAAGCAGCCAAAUAUUCACCACAAUUAAGGUAUAAAGACCUAAGCAAUGGAAAGCUCUUCAAACAGCAAGAAGAGACAGGUCUAUCAACCUUCAGCAAUAGCAUCAUUUAAUUUUAAAGUGAUCCACACUGUGAUAAGUUUCUCAGCAACUGAAGAAACCAGAGGCAUGCCCAGUUCAGCCAUUUCUUGGGAGCUCAGUUUGAUGUAGCUUUGAAUUGAUGCUGGGAUUGAACCUCAUGCCUGUUAAGUACAUGCUGGCAUGAUUUGAUUUUGAGAGAGCAGGAAGGUUAAGGGGGCUUUAGUUCUGGAGCCUAUAUCUUAAGUCUGGGUCUUCUAAUAUAGAAGACACUUGAACAUACUGUUUUGCUGUUCAUUUUUAUCCCUUUAUAGACAGUGUGGUGUUACAAUAAUAGUUACCUCUUAUAGUUUCUGUUAGAAUUAAUAAGUUGUUAAAGGUAAAGAGUAAAGAACUUCACAGAUCUAUGUAUGUACUCAGUGCAUAGAAGGUAUUAUGUGUUCACAUAUAUUUGCACUGCAACCAUAAACAAAUACUACUAUAAAUGGAUACAUUGUAGCUAAUACUUUUAGUGUUGAAUCAAUAGAUUCUACAUUCCAGUCCUACCUGGGGAUAAAGGUAUAAAAAAGACCAUUAACCUUCUUCCAACUGCCGGUGAACACAUUACCUAAAUCUGUGUACUUAAUCCUCACCAGAACUCAAAGAAAUAAAUCCUGAAGGCAUUCAGGAAAGGACAGUAGAAUUCAACACAUCAACUUCAACCCCAAUGAGUUAGGACAUAAUGUCUGCAAGAUUUGUUAAACUACAGGAGAAGAAAGUAACAAGAAAUAAACCUCCUCUUUCAUGGCAUGUUUAGUCUACCUUGGAGGCGAAGUGAAGAAUUCUAUUUUGAUUAAUGGUCUGUAUAAUAAAAAAUGGAACUGGUUUAAAAGCAAGUGAACUAUAUGUACAUUUUUUUUUAUUAAAAAGCUCUCUUGUAAAAGCAAGUACUUUCAUAUAGUUACAUCUUCCAAAAGGGAAGGUGUGGUUUCAAUUAAUUGGAGGAGGGGAUAUAAAACAUAGUUUGCAAGUUGUGUGCAUGUGUGCAUGCGUGCGUGCGUGCAUGCAUGCAUGCGUGUCUGUGUGUGCGUGCAUGAGUGUCUAUGUGUGUGUGUGUGUGUGUGUGUGUGUGUGUGUGUGUGUGU